AAUUGCAUGUAAACAUUUAGUUGUUUUUUGUUUUUAGUUCUUAUAUUUUGUUGUUUAUUAAAAGUACUGGUAUUUUUAAUUAUUAUUUAUAUUUAUUUAUUUAUUGAAGUUAAAUAUGAGCAGACCAUACAAACGUUAUCGCAAAAAUUACAACAAAUCAAAUAAUAAUGAACGUCCAGCAAAAAAAAAAAAAAACAAUGAAGACGACGACUCUAAUAAUUCUGAUGAUGAAGAUAUUGACAGCGAUGAUGAAUCAUUAAAUGUAUAUGCUUUUAAUGAUAAAUCAAAGUCACGGUACUAUGGCUGUAAAUUAUAUUUUGGUUCUGAAGAUAUUGAUAAAGAUGAAGAAUUGGUCAAAAGAAUAGAAGCUGGAAUAAAAUUUAUGGUAAAAAAUCCAAACAUAUAUGCAACGUAUUUAUCCACAACGCAAACAGGACCAGCCUUUAAUAUAAACGUUGAUCGUUUUUACAAUGACGAGGAAUUUAUGAGUGAAUGGGAAACAUUUAGAACUGAUUUGGAAGAAUCUCCAAGUCAGACAUUGAACUGUUUGGGUCUAGCACUUUAUCAUGUUUUGAUGGACCCAGAGACUGAUAAUGAGAUGGUGGAGUCAUUAAAAAUAAAUAACUUGCCGAUGCUGCGAGUGAAAAUAUUUAAUCAGAAGCCGGUGGUACCGUCAAGUGAUUUGAAAGCCAGUUCACGAGGGAGGCUGGUCGCGACACGUGGCUGUGUGAUUCGUGUCGGCCGACCUUCAUAUUUAGCCGAGUGGAUUUUAUUCUCUUGUAUAAGCUGCAAUACAUUAAAACUAGUGAAGCAGAAUGACUGGAUCUACACGCUGCCGAAAAAAUGCAAAAAAUGUAGCAAGUGUAAAUUCAGUCCGAAAUUAGGGUCACGUCACACUAAAACGGUUCCCUAUCAAGUGAUUAAACUGCAAGAAAAUUUGGAUAACAUGCAAGAUGACAGUGGUAAGAUGCCUAGAAUAUUAGAAGUUGAAUUGUUCGAUGACCUGGUCAAUACUUGCGUACCUGGAGACGAUGUUACAGUAGUCGGAAUAAUAAAAGCACGUGGUAUUGAUGACGGAAUACAAAAAGGAAAAAGUAAAGGCAAAGAUUUGGCGGUUCCAAAUGCUUUUUAUAUCGAAGCGGUCUCAAUUGUCAAUAACAAAAAUAAAUCACAGACUAAAAGUGCUGCGGGAAUAGAACUUGAUGAUAAAGAUUACGAAUCAAUUCAACGAAUUGAAUCAGACCCAGAUGUAUUUCCUCUGCUAAUAAGAUCACUUUGUCCAGCGAUCUAUGGCCAUGAUAUGAUAAAAGCUGGUUUGUUGUUAAGUUUAUUCGGCGGUAGUAGCAAAGACUCAUCAAGAGACGACAUCCAUGUGCUGAUGGUCGGUGAUCCUGGUCUCGGCAAGUCGCAGAUGCUUCAAGCGUGUGCAAGAAUCGCUUCGAAAGGGGUCUAUGUAUGUGGGAACUCAAGCACGUCUUCUGGUCUUACCGUGACGUUGACCAAAGAAGGUGGAACGAAUGACUUUGCACUUGAACCAGGUGCUCUUGUUCUUGCCGACCGGGGCUGCUGUUUAAUUGACGAAUUUGACAAAAUGCCAACUCAGCAUCAAGCUUUGCUUGAAGCGAUGGAGCAGCAGACUGUCAGUGUCGCUAAAUCAGGUGUCAUUUGUUCACUGCCUGCCAGAACAUCAAUUCUAGCUGCCGCAAAUCCUAUCGGGGGUCGUUACAAUGUUAAUAAAUCGGUUAUUGAUAAUUUAAAUCUCAGUCAACCUCUUUUGUCAAGAUGUGACUUAAUUUUUUUACUACUAGACAGACCAGAUCGUAAACUAGAUAAACUCCUGUGCGCUCAUGUUAUGAAUGCUCGGAAAGGGUUCCAGACUGCUGGUAACCCACAAGAUACUCAGAGAUUAAAUUUCGCUUCAGUUAAUUCUACUGAGGUACAGCAGGUGCCUGUUGAUGAAAGGCUCACUCUUCAAGAAAGACUGACUGAUCCAAAUGGACGCAAAGAUUUUAUACCGCAGAUUUUAUUGAGGAAGUACGUCGCCUAUGCGAGGCAAUAUGUUAAGCCCAAGUUGACUAGACCAGCUGCUGAAAUUUUGCAAAAAUUUUAUCUACAACUUAGAGAGCAGACAAAUAUUUUUGGUACAUUGCCAGUUUUUCACAGACAAUUGGAAGCUUUGAUACGUCUUACUGAGGCAAGAGCUAAAUUAGCAUUAAGAGUUGAAACAACUAAAACUGACGCCGUUGAAGUUAUUGAAAUAUAUAAAUAUGCAUUAUCUUGCGUGCCAAAAAUAACUUUACACUCAACAUUAAAGACUGAUGGUGGGAAAAUAACUGCCAAUAAAGUAAAAGCAUUUGUAAAUAUACUAAAAGAUGAAGCUAAGAGCGGAGUCAAUCGUUUUUCAAAAAUUGAUUUAAAUGGACUUGCUAUCGACAAUGGGAUUUUGGUCGAUGAGUUCAAUAGGUUUAUACAGAAAUUGAAUGAUCAAGGGAUUCUUUUAAAAAUAGGAAGUGAUUUGUACAAAUUUGCCAGUGAUUAAUUAAUCAAUUAAUUAAUUAAUUGUUCUAUUGUUAUUUGUCGUCUCCAAAUAGAAUUACUUAUAGUAAUUAACUAAU